UACCGUAUCCCUAAGGGGAGCUGGAUCAUGGCGAAUACGUGGUCGUUCAUGCAUGAUCCGAAUAUCUUUCCUCAGCCUGAGAGGUUCUGGCCAGAACGCUUCCUUCCCGAAGGCAUGGGUUGCACUGUGGAUCCUCGCGACUAUUCUUUCGGAUAUGGAAGAAGACGGUGUCCUGGCAUGAGCGUGGCAGAAUCUGCUCUUUUCAUCACGGUCGCGCAUAUCCUUGCCGUUUUCGAGAUCUCGCAUCCUUUGGACGAGCAAGGUUAUACCAUCACGGAAGCCUUGGAUUACACCGACGAACAUAUCUCGCACCCAAAGCCAUUCAAGUGCUCUAUUAGGCCCCGCUCGACCAAUGCGGCCGAUUUGAUUCGUCACUUGGUUUUGUGA